AUGGCGUCGUCGUUCACGUCCGCCGACGCAACGACGACGAGUCGUUUUCGUUUCACGAGUUCAUCGUUACCAAGAACAAGAAGACGACAAAGAAGCGCGGGCUUCAAUCGCGUCGUCAGAGCGUCGUUAAUGGAGAGAACAGAGAAAGCCGUUCUCGUCGUUUCGUGUUGUUGUUGUUCGCUUUUCUUUUCCCCUGCGACAAGUCUCGCAUCUUUCGAUGAAAGAUUCUCCGGAUCGUUCGCGGACCCGAACCACCCGGGGUGCCCUCGAGAAAUCACCCCAAACGGCUUAUUGAGAGGGUACGACCCGGUGCCGUUCGAGAAAGGCAAAGGGUGCCGAGGGAGGAAAGUUGUCACGCCCGAAGAUGUGUUCCAAUACCCGGGGAAAACCAUGCGGUAUUGGGAAAUCCAAACCAAACCGGUUGGAAAGAAUAAGGACGAGAUAUACAUCGAUUUCGACCAGAAAGACGGGAGCGGGGAGAAAGUUAUCGCAAAACUGAACGAGAACGAGGAGAUCGUGUUCCCGACCGGGGAGGUUUGGAAACGGAGACGAGGCGAGAGUUUCUUUCCGUGA